UCGCUGUGUGUCUCGGUAAGAGAGAGCAGUCAGGCAUUAUAGCCUGGUAGCCAGUAGACUUCCACAUCUGGAGCAGCAGCCACUUCGCUGUGUGUUUGGGUAAGAGAGAGAGCAGUCAGGCAUUAUAGCCUGGUAGCCAGUAGACUUCCACAUCUGGAGCAACAGCCACUUCGCUGUGUGUCUCGGUAAGAGAGAGCAGUCAGGCAUUAUAGCCUGGUAGCCAGUAGACUUCCACAUCUGGAGCAGCAGCCACUUCGCUGUGUGUCUGGGUAAGAGCAGUCAGGCAUUAUAGCCUGGUAGCCAGUAGACUUCCACAUCUGGAGCAGCAGCCACUUCGCUGUGUGUCUCGGUAAGAGAGAGCAGUCAGGCAUUAUAGCCUGGUAGCCAGUAGACUUCCACAUCUGGAGCAGCAGCCACUUCGCUGUGUGUCUUGGUAAGAGAGAGCAGUCAGGCAUUAUAGCCUGGUAGCCAGUAGACUUCCACAUCUGGAGCAGCAGCCACAUCGCUGUGUGUCUGGGUAAGAGCAGUCAGGCAUUAUAGCCUGGUAGCCAGUAGACUUCCGCAUCUGGAGCAACAGCCACUUCGCUGUGUGUCUGGGCCAUGUCCAGUACCUGUCGUCUGUGAUCAAGGAUGGGAAGCAGCGCAUGAGGAAGAAGUAUGGAGUGCAGUACAUCCUGGAUACCAUACGGACACACUACAGUGUGGAGAAAGAUGGCAGUCCUCUGUCUGAUGAAAAGCAGACUGUUCAGAUCUCUCUGUUCUCUCUGCUGAGAGACUUCCUCCUCAAGUGUCCUACUGCGGAAGAGCUCCACAGCAUCUUGGCCUACACACUGGCUAUAGGAGAAGAGCAGCAGGUGGUGAGUGCGUUAGAUGUGGUUUACAGUCUGUUGAGGAGCAGCCCUCCCAGAGAGCAGGUCCAGGCUGUACUGUUGGAGUGGGGAGUAGAACAGCUCUACUGUCUGCUGCUCAAACCCAGCUUUGGAGAUGAGGUUAGGGAGAGAGUCUUCAGGGUUCUGUACAAGAUCCUGAAGAGUGAACGAGUGUCUGAGCGCGCCAAGCAACGUGUCAAGUUGAAGGAUUUUGGAUACCUCGGUCUUGUUUGUUUUCUAGGAGACGUCCCGUAACCAUGACCACCGUGCGCUGUCUUUACGAGCAGGUCCUCGCUACAGAUGCCACUCCUAACUUCAGAGACCUGCUGGCUGUGGUCCACCUGUCCCAUCGUGCUGAGCUCACUGUCCGUCUGGACGUCUGUCGCAAGCUCUUCUACCUGAUCUAUGACAAUGAGGACUAUGUUCGUCAGCUGGCCCGUCAGCCAGGCUGGCAGGAUGUGUUAACUAAGCUCUAUAUGAAGGAGUCCAUGAGUCUCGC